UCUUCUUGCAACAACAAACGGGACUCCAAAAUCUUAAUGAAAUGGCAGCGAGUAACAUAUGGACAUUGAGACGCUUUGGGCAUUUUGUGCCACAAACUGAACGAAAGCCUUGGAAGGUUUCAGAGGCAAAGGCCAAUGAACCUAAAAUUGUCAUGACGUUGUUGGAAUCUGGAUAUUUGCUGGUGCUGCAAGGGCAAGAAAGCUUGGCCACAGUCCCUUUGCAUGAUAGCUCCAACUCUCUUAAAGUACAGCACAAAUCUGAUAACCUGAUGAUCCGAUUUACUGUGAAGGGGGAGAGCCGCAUGAUAAGGAUGCAGUUUGAUGGCAGCAGCACAGCAGAGGCCGUAAAUCAGUGUUCAAGGGCUGUGGAAAAGUUGUCGGCGUAUGUUCCUGUCACCUCUCUGGAAGUUGCUGCGACACAUCCAAAUCAGCCCCCCGUUGAGGUCCCACCAGCAACACAGCAGGCAUGUCAGAGAAAGACUGGGCAGCCUGAGCCUGAAGCUGUCCACGGCUCUGUGUCCAUCAAGCGUCUUACCGAGCACUUCCUGGGAGAGACUACUCUGGCUCUCCCUAACAUAUACAGUCCCUGUUCUUUGGCAUCAGGUGACUUGGAACCCAUCCUGCGGGUCUGCCUCCUGGAUCCCAGCUUCCCUGCGUUUGUAGAGAAGGUACAGGAGGAGUUGGAGAAACUGCAAGAAGAGUGAAAAAAAUCUCACCACCUGCUGAAGGCAGAAAGUUCAAGUCAGUACCAUUAUGUUAUGUUGUAAACGUUGUGUAGGCAGCGUUCAGCUUACUUGGCCGUUAGUGAAUCUAAAAUCUUAUCUCACAGUAAUUGUUAUAUAACACAGAUGAUGCUUUUGAUUUACUGAAAUAUUUGUGAUCUUGGAAAAAUAGAAACAUGGCAUGGUUUUUGACAUUGUUUUUAUUCAGAAAAAAAAUGUUGGUCUCACUCAUAUGUUUGAUCGUGGCUAUAUGCUCUGGUCCCUCAGUUCACAUCCCGAAACCAGGUCCUUUCCCACCGCAACACACAUGGAUACAUUGUAUUGAAAGAGGAGUCAUGCAGCUACAGCAGUGAAUCUAUGCCAGCUUUCAAGUGAUCCCACAAGAUUAAAGCUUCACUGAGUAAAACAAACUGCCCUCCAUAUAUCUAUUUAAGAAUACAUAUUGCAUAGGAUUAUAGCCAUGCUAUACAGUUAAAGAGA